ACGUAUAAUCUAGUGGACGGAACGCAAUGCUGUUAGUGUGACGUAUAAUCUAGUGGACGGAACGCUUCUUUUAGCAGCAGCAACAGUUAGUCAGACACCUCUGUAGCUUGCUAGCCAAAGUAGCCGAACCCAUAAAGCUCUUUAGACGCUUAAGUGUAUAUUAGCCACUGUAUUUUAAACCCUUGUCUGUCGUCUAGUUGGUUAGUUAUCCUAUUUAAUUUCAUAUUUACGGUGCUGUUGUUAUUAUUCAGCUAGCGGGCUGGUUAAGUUAGCAUUAGCCUAGCUAACAUCUCCGACCAUGAGUUCACUAAAUUACUCUCUUCCUGCUGAAGAAGAGACGGUCUGUUGGACGGAGAAAGAAGCUCUCAUCAAAGAGGAGGAGGAAGAGAAGGAUGUUACAAUACAAAAACAAGCAGAGGGUGAGGUUGUUACCCUGAAAGAAGAAGAUAAAGACGUUUCAGUGAAAGAAGAGGAAGACGUUACAGUGAAAGAAGAGGCGUUCAGAGUGAAAGAGGAGGAGGGUGUUACAGUAAAAGAUGAGGAGGAUUCAGUUUUUGAAGUGAAAGCGGAGGAUGGGGAGUUUACGGUCUCAUCGGAAGAAGAGGAGGAAGAAACUGAAUAUCUGGGCCCGAUUUCCCAAACGCAAUUUAAGGCAUCCAGUGGUUCUAAAGAUGAACUUAGCCAUAAGAUGGUUUUGAGAAACUGGGCCGUGAUUACCACUGGAGAGAGACGGGACUACCGUGGGUCCUCUGGGGAGCCUCAACAACCUCAUGAUGCUGACAAGGCAGAGAAGAGUUUCUCCAUAUCAGAACACCUCAAGAAACACCAGCAGAGAUCCACAGGGAAGAAACCUCACUGCUGCUCUGACUGUGGGAAGAGAUUCACCUCCUUAGCAGGCAUUAAAAUUCAUCAGAAAAUCCACACAGUAGAGAAACCUUAUAGCAGUCAAUGUGGGAAGAGUUUUACUCAUUCAACCAGCCUGAUAUCACACCAGAGAACACACACAGGAGAGAAACCGUAUAGCUGUGAUCAAUGUGGGAAGAGUUUUGUUACAUCUGGCCAUCUGAAGAUACACCAGAGAACACACACAGGAGAGAAACCUUAUAGCUGUGAUCAAUGUGGGAAGAGUUUAACUCAGCUAAACAACCUGAUAUCACACCAGAGAACACACACAGGAGAGAACCCGUAUAGCUGUGAUCAAUGUGGGAAGAGUUUUACUACAUCUGCCCAACUGACUCUACACCAGAGAAUACACACAGGAGAGAAGCCUUAUAGCUGUGAUCAAUGUGGGAAGAGUUUUGCUGCAUCUAGCACUCUGACUCUACACCAGAGAAUACACACAGGAGAGAAAUCUUAUAGCUGUGUUCAAUGUGGGAAGAGUUUUACUCAUUCAACCAGCCUGAUAUCACACCAGAGAACACACACAGGAGAGAAACCGUAUAGCUGUGAUCAAUGUGGGAAGAGUUUUGUUACAUCUGGCCAUCUGAAGAUACACCAGAGAACACACACAGGGGAGAAUCCGUAUAGCUGUGAUCAAUGUGGGAAGAGUUUUACUACAUCUGCCCAACUGACUCUACACCAGAGAACACACACAGGAGAGAAACCUUAUAGCUGUGAUCAAUGUGGGAAGAGUUUUACUCAGCUAAGCAACCUGAUAUCACACCAGAGAACACACACAGGAGAGAACCCGUAUAGCUGUGAUCAAUGUGGGAAGAGUUUUACUACAUCUGCCCAACUGACUCUACACCAGAGAACACACACAGGAGAGAAACCUUAUAGCUGUGAUCAAUGUGGGAAGAGUUUUAAUACAUCUGGCUCUCUGACUGUACACCAGAGAACACAUACAGGAGAGAAACCUCAUAGCUGUGAUCAAUGUGGGAAGAGGUACACUGAUAAAAGAUCUCUGAUAAAACAUCAGAAAAUACAUGGAGUUGUUUCAUGAUAUCAAUGAAUUAAUGUCACAAUGUGGAAUGUUUUAACAUUGUAGUAGGAGUAUUUUAAUGAUGUCACAAUGUAGAAGCCUAAAUGUUUGUCCCCUGUUCUAUUGAUUUCAACAUAAUAUGGAUAUUAGCCUCAGGGGGGAAAUCCAGGCUCUGAAUUGAAAGAGUACUAUUUAUGUGAUUUAACAAAAAGUGACUAACACAAAAAGAGCUGUGUUACACUUACCAUGUUGAUGACCCACUUGAAUCAAAAUGCAGCACUUCAAAAUGUAGCGAUCUAUUUUCUACAAAUUGUCCUCUAAUCAGGGAUGUACACAUACUCCCAGAUUCUGUGUGGUUUUUGAGCUGUUAGUUUUAACAGGACGUGCAACCUCAUCUCCCUUCUGUCACACAAUUAAUCUUGGCAUGAUAUCGAUGAGUGAUGACAAAUAAGUUUUGUGUUCCUUUGUUUAGCGACCCCUACAUUUAAAUACAUCACUCCAAAAUGUAGCUGACUGUUUUCUGCAGGUUGUCCUCUAACCAGUGAGGUAAAAUAUAUCUCCCAUUUCCAUGUGUUUUUUUUAGUUGUGUUAGUUUCAACAGCAGGUACAACCUGAUUUCCCCCCUAAUCGAUAUCAGUGAUUUAUUGCUACUUGUCAAAACAACAGUGUUUCUGGUGCUUGUGCAGUUUAUAAGGAGCUUGUUUUAAAAAAUAUUAUUGUGGCAGAUGUUUGUGUAUAUACCACAUGUUAGGUUUUCAAUUUAUCCCAAACUGUUUCUGCAUAUUGGUUAUUGAUUUGGACACGUUAAAACUGUGUUUUGACAUUGGGGCUAUCCCACCUAGAAACUAUGCAACCAAAUAUUUCAUAUUUACAUUUCAUGUAGCAUUUGGUAAUGGUAAUUAUUUAUGCAACCAACUGACAAUUAUAUUGACAUUGAAUUCUGCUUUUCUAAAAGCACAUUCUCAGAUGUGCCAAACCAAAUGUACUAGAGCAUGACAUUGGGGUCUGAGCCCCGAUCCAACAACAUGCCUAUCUAGUGAACCCUGAAAAGAGAGAGAAGCUCCACAGUGAGGUGGAAAGUUACUACGAAUAUUGCUGGAGUUUCCUCUUGAAAUCAGACAUGUCUGUGGUGAGAACAACCUGGUUGCUGAUUGUCUCAAGGGGGGCAGUCAAAAUGUUUUGCGUUUAGCCAGUGCAUUGCCAUGGAUCACAAUUUAUUUUGACUGUUUUUCCGUAUUGGAGAUUAGUUUUGUUUGGGCUCGUUUCAAGGGGACGAGAGUUCUAGAAGUUAGUGAGUUUUAGGUUUCUCUGUGGGAAAAAUAAAUAUUGUUUUUAGUUGUUGUUAGACAGACACCAUGUUUAUAUUGGUGAUGGUGAAGCAUUGUAGUUGAUUCUAAUGUGACAAGGAAGUUGUUUUCUGUUGGUGGUGAGCAUUCUCUUAAGCUUUUGGUUUUUCCAUUUAUGUUUUUAGGUUGGACUUUAGCACGUAUAGCUCGUCAGCACGUAGGACCCACUGAUUGGUGUCACCUCGUUAGUCAGUAUGUGUUACACCUGUGCUGGCUUGUCCAUCUCGUUAGUGGGAAGGUGUUUCACCUGAGCUGGUCCAGGUUCUAUUUAAGAGUGUCUGGCCCAGUGCUCCAGUUGUCUUGAUAGAUGUGGAGAGUCAACACCUUUAGUUGCUCCACUUUUUUGGUUUGCUUCCUGUCUUUAAGUUUGGUGUGGGUUUUUCUUUUGUUUCCCACUUCUUGGUUAGAUUUAGUGGGACUCAUGGUGGGUGUCUUUUAUGUCCCAGUUGUUGUUACUAGUCAAACUAGUCUUUCAGAGCCCCUCCUAAAAAAACAAGCUGAUAUUUUGGGUUGGAUGUUGCAUCCAAUUAAUAUUUUAAUCAAUGGCAUUUCCUUAGAAUGUUCAUUAGUCUUUCAGUUGUUAAUCUUCUGUUUUUUUUAUCCUGUUAUUUUUGUGUACUAAGUAUUUCUGUUUAUUUUCAUUGUUUUCUACUGUAAAGCCAUUGUGUAGCAUCCAUGUCUGAAAUGUGCUGUAUAAAUAAAGCUUGAUUUGAUUUCAACAAA